AUGGGUUCAUACGUUAGACAACAACGCAACUUUUCUGUGGACAAUAAAAAUGAGGUUUCGCAUCCUUCCGAAAAUUUAUCACAAUCAUCAUAUUAUGAACUUCAGUAUGGUAAUUCAGAAACAAUAGGUACCAAGGAAACUCUUAUACCAACUACAGAUGUGAACGGUUAUCAAUAUAGGAAAGCAGAUAUUGGAAGAGUCAUAACUCAGGCAGAAAUUCUUACUCGUAUAGUACCGUUUUGGGAAUUGUUUAUUAGCGCGGUUGGACUUUUUGGCUAUCAUAUCGUAACAAUGGCGAUGCGUAAUAUUGGUGGACCCGGAGCUGCCUCAGUUCUUUUUUUUCAUGGUUGUAAUUCAGAAUUUUAUCAACCAAAUGUUGAUUUAUGUGCUACAUCUAUUUUGUCAUGGAGUCUAAUUGGAGGAGCAGUUUUUUAUUUUAGUUUUAUUACAAUUUUGAGUAUAUUAUUAUAUAUAGAAUGUUACAGUCAGGGAUAUCCUGGAGCAUUUACGGCAUUAUGGAAUUCACCAUUUUUCCUUUUUUGUUAUUGUUUUAGAGAACAAUAUCGAAUAGAUCUUUUGAGCAUUCCCAAUAGAUUUGUUGGAUUUAAAAAGUGGACUCGAUUUAGUUUACAUAGAUUCGCGUUAGCAUUUUAUUCUUUAAUAACAACACUUUUAGUCACAUAUUAUCUCACACGGAAAACAGUAGAUAACGAUGAUUUUAUAGCACAAAAAGAGUAUAAAAACGGGGAUGGUUUAUAUCUAAAUGUUGUUUAA